AAAAUAUAAGAUGUGCAGAGUGGCUUUAGAAAAUAGCAGGAGUCAUUAACUGAUGAAUUUUCUCCAUUCCACUUUGCAAGGAAAGAACAAACUUCUGUUGCAGAAUAAACAGGGGAAAGGCAGAGGUGAAAAAGAUUUCACCUAUCCUCCUAAUGCUUAGCACUGACAAAAGCAGGCCCUGCAGCUCAAGGAAGGACAUGAAAUCAAAAGCUCGCUUUGGACUACUGUCCACUUCCUACAGACACGGACCAACAAACAACCAUGACCUGAAUUCUACAGGACAGAAGUGCACACAUGCACUUUGUUAAAUAUCAGAACCUAUUUGAGUUCAGACAGUUUCAGCAGAACUGUACAAAUGCAUCUUCUUCCAAUGCAGAGACCGAAAACCUAAUUCACCAGAAUGGUAAAAAUGAACAGUAAAGUCUAACAUUUAAGAGAGCUGGUGAAGUCAGCCUUAUUUCUCUUUGGAUAUACUGUACAGGCAGCAUUAAAAUUCAGACAUAACGCUGUCAAAGGCAAAGAAGACAACAGUACUUUUAAGUGAACAUCAGUCACUGAAGUGAAGCCUGAAACUGGAUGGAACAAACAACAAACUGGGCAUGUGCAGACCCUGCAGGAUUCUGUAUUUAAAUGGAAGCUGCCACUGCUGCCCUUUGCUAAGCUGAAGAUGGAAUAAAGCAAGCUGAAGCUCCAGUGAGAAACUCUGCACUAGAUCUUGCACUACUCCAGACAGAGAAUCUGACAAUCUGCUUUACACACACACAAAGGUAAAUUGGCCGACUUAAAAAUCAGAAGAGAGCUUUGCUUUCUUUGCUAUUGGUUAGACUUCAUUUGUCUAAAUCGCCAGCCUGUUCAAAGGGGGAUAUCUCAUCUCUCUGAAGACUCGAUCUGCAACAAAUCUGUGGAGUCCCUCAACUCAUGGAAUGACUCAGGAGCGAUUGCUGACAAGAUGGACCCGCCUCUCAGAGCCCCAACAAAGAUGACAGUGAAAGAUGCUCGCGGUGCUUUUCCUACAGUGGAUGUCCCAGACCAUGCCCACUAUACAAUUGGAACAGUCAUCCUUAUCGUGGGGAUCACAGGAACUCUGGGUAAUUUCCUGGUCAUCUAUGCUUUCUGCAGGAGUAGGACCCUUCAGAAACCAGCCAAUAUAUUUAUCAUCAAUCUAGCUGUCAGUGACUUCCUUAUGUCCAUUACGCAGUCUCCAGUAUUUUUCACCAACAGUCUCCAUAAACGUUGGAUUUUUGGUGAGAAAGGCUGUGAGCUGUAUGCCUUCUGCGGAGCUCUUUUUGGCAUUACAUCUAUGAUCACUUUGAUGGUGAUUGCCUUGGACAGAUACUUUGUCAUCACAAAACCUCUGGCUUCUGUUCGAGUGAUGUCUAAGAAGAAGGCCCUUAUAAUCCUGGUAGGCGUCUGGCUGUACUCUUUGGCUUGGAGCCUCCCACCCUUCUUUGGAUGGAGUGCCUAUGUUCCUGAAGGCCUGCUCACUUCCUGUUCCUGGGAUUACAUGACUUUCACACCAUCAGUCCGUGCCUACACAAUGCUGCUUUUCUGCUUUGUCUUCUUCAUUCCUUUGCUUGCUAUCAUAUAUAGCUAUGUCUUCAUAUUUGAGGCUAUCAAGAAGGCCAAUAAGUCUAUACAGACAUUUGGAUGCAAACACGGAAACAAAGAGCUACAGAAACAGUACCAUAGGAUGAAGAAUGAGUGGAAGCUGGCCAAAAUAGCACUGAUCAUCAUCUUGCUCUAUGUUAUUUCCUGGUCACCAUACUCUGUUGUUGCCCUGGUAGCUUUUGCUGGGUAUUCUCAUGUUCUAACACCUUUCAUGAAUUCAAUACCAGCCGUGAUUGCCAAAGCUUCUGCCAUCCAUAACCCCAUUAUUUAUGCCAUCACUCACCCUAAAUAUAGAACAGCCAUCGCAACAUACGUUCCCUGUCUUGGAUCCCUGUUGAGAGUUUCUCCUAAAGAAUCACGGUCCUUCGACAGUUAUCCCUCCUCCAGGCGAACCACUGUAACCAGCCAGUCUUCUGAGACAAAUGGGCUGCAGAAAGGAAAAAGGCGACUAUCUUCCACCACUGACAGUGAAUCGGGCUGUACUGAUACAGAAACUGAUAUCACCAGUAUGAUCUCCAGACCUGCUAGCAGCCAGGUUUCCUAUGAAAUGGGCAAAGAUACAACCUCAACUAGUGACAUAGGAGGCAGACCUAAAGUGAAGACCCACAGUUCUGGGAUUUUUGGGAAGACACUUGUAGUCACAGAUGAAAUACCCAUGGAGGAAAUGAGUGUCACAGAACAUUCUGCUGCAUCUACUUGCAAAGCAUCUGAAAAAUGCAGCAUGGAGGAAAUCCAGAGAGGUGAGAGCCUGAAUGGUAUCGGACAAAGAAAAGGAGAGUCCUGCCAUAGAACAUCUGCAUCUCAGAUACCCAGCAUUAUAAUAACAUACAGCAGUGCACAAGGAGUAGAGCUGCCUUCUGGAUACAGUGCUGCUUUCCUGUACCCAAGAAACAAAAGCCACAAGCAGAACAAGAGCUCCAACAGCUGAGUAGCACAAGCCAGAAUAUCACCCUUCAACAAUACCACUGGAAAAACCAUGAACCAGCUGAAACCAGAAACAUUUCCUACCUUACUCUGAAACACCUCUACAGAAAUACAAUACAAGAUGGGCAGAACUGACUCCAAUGGUUCACUUGAUCUGAGUCGCACUGCAAUUUUAUUCCUUCUUUUUGUGGCUCAAAAAACAAUAAUAAAUAAAUGAUUUCUCUCACUUGGAUUUUACCCUUCUCAGGCACAUUACAUUGCCACAUGGAUCUCACCUACAAGCCGCCUCCUUUGAUUAAUUCAAGAGAAAAGGGAAGUACAAGAUCCAGCCUUUGUCCAAUUACUGUGGAGUAAUUUCAAAGCUAUUUGGAGAAACACUUAAAUUACUUUCUGGAGAUGCUUUCAUUAUUGAAGUUCCUCAAGCAAAUGAAAACACUGAGUGCUCCUUCCUCUCAUUAAUAAGGAAGUUUCCUCAUUUUCUUGUACAACACAACUGAAAGGUAAUGCACUUGAGAACUAAUUUGAAUUCUCAGACAUUUGUUGUUGUUGUUUCUUUAAUUUCUGAGAUUCUAGAGGAUGAAAAAGGAACCUGCUUUUCCCCAUUGUUCCUUCUGAAGCACAAAAAUAAACAGAUAGAAAUAACUCACAAUCUGUAGAAAUCUACACUAUAUAUGAUAAGGUACAGUCAGUCCACAGUGGGGAUAUAUCCCUUCUAAGUCUAAAAGCAUAGGGCACAAAGAACUAUCAAAGCAGUUCUUAGCAACACGUGCCUCAAUAGUUCUCACUUUGGUUCAAGGAAUACAAGAAACCACCCAAGUCACCCUGUCCUAAGUAAAUCAGUUCUUCCUUAUAUUGUAUCAGACAAAGCCAUAAGACUACACAAAUGUAACCAGCUUAUUCCUUAGCAGGAAAAAAAGAAGUUCAGUCACAGAAUGACCCAGGUUGGAAGGGACCUCAAGGAUCAUGAAGCUCCAACCCCCCAAGCUUCCACAUUUACUAGAUCAGGUUGCCCAGGGUCCCAGCCAACCUGGCCUUGAACACCUCCAAGGACGGAGCAUCCAGUCAAUUCCAGAAGACGUGGAACAUUAAUAAUAUUUGAGACUUACUCUGAAUUGAAUUAAAAAACAGAGGGGAUAGCUUUUGAGGUAGCUGAAUGUCAGAUCACAAACAAAUGGUUAAUUCAGACAGGUAAUAAACAACCACAAGAAAAUAUAAACUCUAGGCUGCUUCUACAAAAGUAAAAUCACAGGCAUGGGAAAAAAAAGUAGCACAUUUUCUCCCUUCAUCUACCACAACUGAAUAUUGUUUCCAUGCAGAAAACAAUGUUAAACUGACAAUACGUACAACUGGCAAUAAGGAGAAAGAAUGGGGAAAACCUAUCUUGAAACAGGAAGCCCAUUCAAAGAUAUUUCUCUACCCUGAGGAAUUAUUUUCUUAAUGUUUCAACUUAAAAAUAAGAAAAGAUGCACAUAAUUGUCCCCAUCUUUAGCCAAGAAAGCCAGGCGACAGUAGGGAAGAAAAGCUAGUGAAUGUUGCCUAUUUCAUACAGACUGCAGAAGGCUGAACCUGUUAAGAAAAUAGGUCAAAGCUUACACAUGCUUUUGUGUUAAUAAGACACAUUUGUGUACAAUGUGCCAUUAAGAGCUAGACUUUUUAACUCCUGUUACAAUUUAGUUCAGGAUUCAUAUUCUUGAAGACUAUACUCUGCUCUUCUGCAUUCCCUUCAUCUUUUAAAGUGUAUUAAAAGAAUACAAUGAUGUUUAGAAAAGCCCUAUGAAUCCACAGCAUGUUGUUCCCUCUAUCCUUCAGCUCUAACAUGUACUAGAGAUUAGUUCGUGUCUAUAAAAAGAACUGCAGCUGUUAGUGCUUGUCUACUUACAAGAGGCUUGAAAAGCAUAUAUUAAUUAGGGAGAAUUUGUUUAGGAGCACUUGAAAACUCUUGUGUGUACUCCCUGUGCAACUAACAACUUCAUUUUGCAUUCACUUCAACUGACACUACCAUAAUCAUUUGUGGAAAAGCCCACAAAACUCUUUACACCUAAAUCUCCCACUAAAGCCAUAGACAUGAUAACCCCGGUGGCAUUUGAAAUAAAUCAUUAUUAGUUCUUA